CUGCCGUCCGACUGUCCCAUCCUUCAUUGGCUGGGGCCCCCAAGCCACUCAACAAUACGUAGCGGUGACAAUAGAUAGCUGGGCUUUAGUUUUUCCACGAACGUUCUUUAUGCCACAAGGCUAAUCUAGAAUAUAUGGGAAGCUAUUUUUCUCUAUAGGCUGUAAGAUCGAUGUUCCGGUUAAACGGCAUACCGAUAUAGCUCUGAGCUAGCACAUUGCCACUCUGCCAAGUGAAUCCACUGAGCGGCACUUAUCUUCACACUUUCAGGAUGUGCGACAAGCCCCUUCACGUCCUAGCAGCCAACGUCACAGCGGCUUGUGCAAAGUUUCAGGCGGCCCUUGCCGACGGUGCACCUCAGUCCGUGAUGCCCUCUUCAGCGCCUCACCCCAGCGUGGCUGCGCUUGAAAUUCUACUUCGAGAGCAGCAACAGCUUGUAGCUCGGUUAAAAAGCGGUGAACAAAGCAACGUGCAAGCAGAAGACAAGGCGGAGGUCGCCAUGUUGGCAGCCAAGCGGGAAAGAGUGCUGGAGCAGGGCUUACACGCUCUAGGAGCUGUUGCUGUAUCCAUGCGCGCGGUUCUGGAUGACGUGGAGGAGUUGGUGCCUGUGGAUAACGGCUACCUUCCCAGCGUACAGGAGCUCCUGUCGUACGGCCACCGCCUCCGCUACACCACCUUCGCCACCACCGGCCUCUACAGCGGCGAACCCGCACCGCAACAACUCCACUUUGACCACGCGGCCCUCUGGGAACGAGCCCUUGCAGAACGCCACCAACAAAUGGCAGCAGCAGCCGCAGCCACAGCAGGAGCAGCCAACGGCGCCCCAACCGCUUCGCCGGCAGUUGAGGUGGAUCCACGUGCCGAGGCGGCAUGUCGUACACUCCUCAACAAGCUUGUUGAAGCCGGCUGGACGCCGCAGGCGGGCUUUCCGGAGCCUGUCCUUGCCUUCCUGUCGGACAUGCCUGGAGCCCUGGACGUGUUACGUAGACUGGUGGAGGAGAGGUUCUUCGGAGGAGUUGCAGGAGCGGGAACAGGAGCAGCGGCGGAGGCGAGUGGGGCAGCGGCAGCGGCUGCGCCGCCGCCGCCGCGGCCGGCGGCGGCGACGGCGGCUCCCGCCAAUGCUGCGUCUCGGCUGGUGCGUGAGCUCAUGUUGGACGAGGAUACGGACGAGGAGGGCAGCAGCAGUGACUACACGACAUCGGAGGAGGGGUCGGAUUGAGGAG